UAUGCAUGUUACAAUAGGUGUCACUGUUUUGCUUGGUCCAAUCAUGAUUGGUGACUUCAGCUAUUGGCUCCGAGCACUGGCUGUCUGACUCCAUCUGCAGGGCUGUAAUACCUACUCUCCUCUCCUCCGAUCCAUUCACCACACAACUUCAGCCGGCUGAACACACUCGCUUGCUCGCUCGGCUCCAGUACAUCUUGCUAACCUAAUUCAGAAAACAAGUACUACAGCUCUCUGCCUGUCAUCUUUGCUCAGUGUAGCAUUUUCAGGUGAUCUAGGAAACGGUUAUUUUUAUGAGCAAGUAAGAGAAACAGGAAUCAUGAUGGGGAUGUAUUUAACAGAUCCAGUACUGGAUAAAACUUAAAGCCAGUUUCUAUUCAACAUAGUGAAAAGGUCACCUUGCCUGGCUGAGAAAAGAAGCAAAAUACCAGCUUGUUGGUUCUUAUUUACAUCUUAACUCCGGCUAGCCUCUUUUUCUUGAUGUUCGAAUCAAUUUGGGAUAUCUAGCUGUAAAGAGAGACAUACUGUACUCAUGGUAGAUGACAAGGAAAAGAACAUGAAAUGUCUCACCUUCUUCUUGAUGCUUCCAGAGACGGUAAAGAACAGGUCCAAGAAAAGCUCAAAGAAAGCAAACAGCAGCAGCAGCAGCAGUAGCAGUAGCAGCAGCAGCAGCAGCGCUGGCAGCAGCAACAGCAAGUUGCCCCCAGUUUGUUAUGAAAUAAUUACCUUGAAGACUAAAAAGAAGAAGAAGAUGGCUGCUGAUAUAUUCCCUCGCAAAAAACCAGCCAAUUCCAGCAGCACCACUGUCCAGCAGUACCACCAGCAGAAUCUCAGUAACAACAACCUCAUCCCCGCCCCGAAUUGGCAGGGUCUUUAUCCUACCAUUAGAGAAAGAAAUGCGGUGAUGUUCAAUAAUGAUUUGAUGGCAGAUGUACAUUUUGUGGUUGGGCCACCAGGUGGGACUCAGCGGUUACCAGGACACAAAUAUGUCUUAGCUGUUGGGAGCUCUGUAUUCCAUGCAAUGUUUUACGGAGAACUUGCUGAGGACAAAGAUGAAAUCCGUAUACCAGAUGUCGAACCUGCUGCUUUUCUCGCUAUGCUGAAAUACAUCUAUUGUGAUGAGAUCGACCUGGCUGCUGACACAGUGCUUGCCACACUGUAUGCUGCCAAAAAAUACAUCGUCCCUCACCUGGCCAGAGCCUGCGUCAAUUUCCUAGAGACCAGCCUGAGUGCCAAGAACGCCUGUGUGCUCCUCUCCCAGAGCUGCCUGUUUGAGGAGCCAGACCUGACACAGCGCUGCUGGGAGGUGAUCGACGCACAGGCCGAGUUAGCGCUCAAAUCUGAGGGAUUCUGCGACAUUGACUUCCAGACAUUAGAAAGUAUCCUUCGCAGGGAAACUCUGAAUGCCAAAGAAAUUGUGGUUUUUGAAGCCGCUCUCAACUGGGCUGAAGUUGAAUGCCAGCGACAAGAUCUGGCGCUAAGCAUUGAAAACAAGCGCAAGGUCCUAGGGAAGGCACUUUACUUGAUCCGCAUACCCACCAUGGCCCUCGAUGACUUUGCAAAUGGUGCUGCACAGUCCGGAGUAUUAACUCUCAAUGAGACCAAUGACAUUUUCCUCUGGUACACUGCGGCGAAAAAGCCCGAGCUGCAGUUUGUGAGUAAGGCCCGCAAGGGCCUUGUCCCCCAGCGCUGUCACCGCUUCCAGUCAUGUGCCUAUCGGAGCAACCAGUGGCGCUACCGGGGUCGCUGUGACAGCAUCCAGUUUGCAGUGGACAAAAGAGUGUUCAUUGCAGGCUUCGGGCUGUAUGGUUCCAGCUGUGGCUCUGCAGAGUAUAGUGCCAAGAUAGAACUCAAGAGGCAGGGCGUUGUUCUGGGGCAGAACUUGAGCAAGUACUUCUCAGAUGGAUCCAGCAAUACCUUCCCUGUGUGGUUUGAGUACCCAGUGCAGAUCGAGCCUGACACCUUCUACACAGCCAGUGUGAUACUGGAUGGCAAUGAACUCAGCUACUUCGGACAAGAAGGCAUGACGGAAGUUCAGUGUGGCAAAGUGACUGUACAGUUUCAGUGCUCCUCAGAUAGCACCAAUGGCACUGGGGUACAGGGAGGGCAGAUCCCUGAACUUAUCUUCUAUGCUUGAACUUCACUACCCGAGCUCGAGCAGGGGGAGCCUGAGGUGCGCAUCUGUGCCCUCCUUGCUUGAUGCUUUAGCUCAACUGCAGAUGUGUGAUCAGCGCAGGUCAUUUGUCACGAUGAAGCAGUAGGCAGUUCCUAAUUUCUUUCAACCUUUUAAUUAUGUACAGGCUAAAUUGCAGCAUUCUGCUUUUAACGGUGUGCUUAGAGGAGCCACAUUCUUACUAAGGCUUUGUGACUUUUAGAGUUGUGUGUGUGUACCUGGAAGGCUGCGUUCUUCCAUGUGUCUCGCUGGCCAUCCAGUUUUGUCCCUCUGAAGAAAAUUUUGAAUCACCUCAAAUUUUUAAGGGUUUUAUUUGAUGAGUAGACAUAGUCUAAAACAAUAUUAUUACUGUCUAAAAGUAAUAUUACUUUUAAAUAGACCCUCUUCAUUUUCAAAAAGAGAAAUAAACCUCAGUGUACAAUUUUGGGGAGUUUUGCUUUGUAAUCAGUCAUAAUUUAAAAAGAAGAUGGUGGUAUUACUUGUCUAUUCCUUUAAAAUUGGUUGCUCUGGGCUCUGAUUUUUUUUUUUUUAAUCUCAAUUCGUGUGGUUGUUACAUAUUACACAAUUCAAAAUGUUAAUGUAAAACAGGAAAAUAAGCAAUUGCGUAUUUGUUCAGAUCAUGACUUCUGCUCCAAAGCAGAUUUAGAUUCUUAAAGUCUAGAAGUUAAGGUACUAUAAUAUAAAGACUUCUUUUAGAAGUAACAAAAAUUGUAAGGGAAAAAUAUUGUCAGCAGAAAGAAGUUGCAAGCUUAGUAAUUUACACUGAAAUCAGAUUUACAAAAGAGCCCUGAAAAAGGUUUGUACUGCAGAUGGUUUACUUGAUGAUAGAUACAUUGGGAUAUACAGUUUGAAAAAGACAAACUUUUCUUGCCUUUGGACUCCCACUUUUUUUUUUAUGUCGUUAUUGUACAGAGUUCCUGUUCCCUUUACCCUUAAUAAAAAAGGACCAAACAUUCUUUAGAGGAAUGGAGUAACAAUUAGUUUUAGUUUUAUAGCAUUACAUGUUAAUGUGGUAAGCUGUCUUUUUUAUUUUAUACAUGUGAAAUAUUCUUUAUUUGAUGUUUGACCAUAUACUAUCUGAUUGGUUGAUUAUGAUUCUGUGCUGUUCCUGGACUGCUAGAAUCUGGCCUCUGGCCAUCUUAAAGUGCCAAUAGAUGCCUGCAGGGUUUUUUGAAAAAUGAUUUGGUGUGACACACUUGAUUAUAUUCACCACAUCAGCAUCACAUCCAGCAUUCUUAAUUUGUCCAUGGGUAAUGUAAACAAUGAAGGGAAAAGCUCAUUUAAACAAAAAAUUCUCCUUCUGUAAUGGCUUGUGUUGAUUUUAGUGCCUGUGACCCUGGCAGUGUUUCCAGUGUGGUCACUUCCAGUGUAGUAUCCAUGUGUUUCUGGGCAGUUUUUCUGCUCAGUGUGCUCCUGAGAUGGCUUUCCUGCCACCCAGAGUGUGGUCCCUGGCCGCCUCCUUCUCCUGCUCUGUAAGCCCAGAACUGGCUUGCUUGGAGCUAGGGGUUAGUCCUGGGGUGUGUGUGCCUGCGUGCCUUCAUGCAUGCGAGUGCAUUUGCCGACUCAGGAAUUGCCUCCUCCCUGCCUGGCUAGCAAGGAAUGGGACAGGAAUGGUCCCCCUGCUGGCCCCAGCAAGGCCCGAUGAGUGACUGCCCAUACUUACUCUGUGUUUUUGGGCCACUGCUUUCCCUGUUAGACAAGGGCUUGUGGCCUUUAGCUGGCUUCCCUGAUGGAGGAGAACACUGGAUUAUGGGAAAUGUUCUAAUCACUCUUUGCCAUUACCUACGUCUGUUUGCAUAGGUGAUUAGAAGUUGUUUCUGGUGAGUAUAGAUAAGAACUCCCAAGGCAACUUUCCACAAUUGUCUAGCAAGUAUUUCUUAUUUAGGAAAUGACAGAUCAUAGUUUUGGCAAAGCAUCGACAAAAUAAGGGUACAUUUUCAAUUAAAAAUAUUCCUACAGAGAAUUUUGUGCUUUACCUGUAGUUACCUAAGACUUUGACUGUGUCUUAGCUACCAUAAUAUUGGUAGACCUGAUUAGAAGGCACUUCUUUUUAAGCCAGAGAAGAAGAAACAUUUCAUCCUAAUUUCUUCCCGUGGGAUAAUUGAGGGGGGUGGAUAGCCUUAGGAUGGCAUCAUUGGUCCCCUGUUUACCCUCAGUGCCCCUGUUCCUGAGCUGAACUGCCCCUCCACAUGCUAUGAAACUGCUGGGUGACAGCCAUGAGGUCAUGUACACUGGGUGAAGUUUAAUCUUAUUAUUUACUAUUACUUUAAAAGAAAGAAACGACAUAACCAACAUUUGAUUGGCCUGUGCUAAGAACUGUGGGAAAAAAAUUGAAAAACUGUAUGUAGAAUAAGGUAUUUCUCCUUUUAAAUCCUGUCCUCCUUCCUGCAUUUUCAGCAAAAUGGAAUGAAAGCUGAUGUGCUUGCUUUGCUUUCUUGGGUAAUUUUAAACUAUGUAGUUUAAAAAAACAAAAACAGAACACUACAAAGCCGACAACUCUAGUGUAUAAACACAGCUUUAUUAAGGCAUUCGCUGUAGAUGCUUUCCCAAUGUACCUGGUGACCCUUGUUGUUCAGCUUGGAAAUUAAGGGUAACUAGGCUAGCAGUUCUAUGUAACAUUCUUUAAGCAUAUCUUAAAAUAGUAUUUAAGUAAAUGGUCUAAUUUCUACAUAAUUAUUGCACUGAACUGUCCUUUUUUUGUGUUUUUUUAAGGUGUUUAACUAAGCUCAGCUAGUUCAAGACCCUGUAGCCACUUGUGCCUCAGCGUGCUUGACUUUAGCAGCUUAAAGCAUUAUUUAUGAAGGAAACUAUAUAAAUAUGAAGUACCUCAUGUUGAAUGUUAUUGUACUGUAUUUUUAAUGUAACAGUGCAGAUCUUGUUAGACACAUGAAUGUGUAUAAUCAUGUUAAAUGCAAAUAAAAUAACGCUGGUUCAUAGAUUUGUUUCCUUAG